CCCCUCCUCCUUUCUCUCCCUGUGUAUGUCAUUGUGGAUUAGCAGCUGGGGCUAGCUCAGAGCAGGAGGAUCAGGCACACACACAGACUUAGAUUGAGAGUGUUGGGGGGCAAAAAUAACAGCAGCACAUGUGUGUUGGUGGGGGUGGGAUUUUUUUUUUAAAUGUAGUCUAACAAGACUCAAACGCUCCUCCUAGUGAGGGAAGAAAGGAAGAGAAAAAAAGAAAGCUCAUCUACCUUUGACAUCUGCAGGGACGGGGCCUGGGCUGAGACUUCCUGGAAAAAGCUUCCCUCUGGGGAGCUCACCUGUGAGCCCUUUGCUUACUGGGAGAAGCGGCUGCUCACCUGGGCAGCAUGAAGGACCGGCUGGAGCAGCUGAAAGCUAAGCAGGAUACAGACGAUGACACCGAUGAUUUGGAAAUUGCCAUCGACAACACAGCAUUCAUGGAUGAGUUCUUCUCAGAGAUUGAAGAAACCCGACAAAACAUCGACAAAAUCGCAGAGAAUGUGGAGGAGGCAAAAAAGCUCUACAGCAUCAUCCUGUCGGCCCCCAUCCCUGAACAAAAGACAAAAGAUGACCUGGAGCAGCUCACGACAGAGAUCAAGAAAAGGGCCAACAGUGUCCGAAACAAGCUUAAAAGUAUGGAGCGGAACAUCGAGCAGGAUGAAGCCCGGUCAUCAGCAGACCUGAGGAUACGGAAGUCUCAGCAUUCUGUCCUCUCCCGGAAGUUCGUGGAUGUGAUGACCAAGUAUAAUGAGGCACAGGUCGACUUCCGGGAGCGCAGCAAAGGGCGGAUCCAGCGACAGCUCGAGAUCACUGGGAAGAACACAACAGAUGAGGAGCUGGAGGAAAUGCUAGAGAGUGGAAACCCAUCCAUUUUCACCUCUGGGAUCAUGGAUUCACAGAUCUCCAAGCAGGCACUGAGUGAGAUUGAGGGGCGGCACAAAGACAUUGUGCGGCUCGAGAGCAGCAUCAAGGAGCUGCAUGACAUGUUUGUGGACAUUGCCAUGCUAGUGGAAAACCAGGGCGAGAUUGUAGAUAACAUAGAGCUGAACAUGAUGCACACAGUAGACCAUAUAGAGAAAGCGCGCGAGGAAACCAAAAAGGCCCUGAAAUACAAGAACCAGGCGCGCAAGAAGAAGAUCAUGAUCAUGGUUUGUUGUAUCAUCCUUGCCAUCAUUCUGGCAUCCACCAUUGGAGGCAUCUUUGCUUGAGCGUCCGCUCUCUGCCCCCUACCUGCCACAGGUGAGCCCUAGCGCCAUUGUGAAGCAAGACUAUCUCCCUGCCUGUGCUAGGAAUAUGCUUUGGUCAGUGCUUACAUUGUUACACAUCCUUUGUUGUGGCUAUGCCCCCACUUUGGGUGGGGUUGGAGUGGUUUUUAAUCUGCAGUUUCUAGCUUCUUCAAGAGUGCUGUCUCUGUACUCAGCAAUGGUUAGGCAUCAUCUGGAGUACAGUAGUGGGUGCAGUUCUGGGCUCUGCAUUUUUAACAAAGACACGGAAAAGUUAGAGAGGGUCCAGAGUUGGGUAACAAAGAUGAUAAAGGGUUUGGAAAGCAAGUAAUAUGAGAAGAGGCUGACACAACGAGGAAUGUUCAGCUUGCAGAAAAGGGUUUAAGAGGAGACAUGAAAGCAGCCUUCAAGUACUUGAAGGGCUGCCAUAGAGAGAGAGCGCACCUUUUUUCUCUUGCUGCUGAGAGAAGGAUGAGGGCCAAUGACUUAAAGUUGCAGCAAAAUAGGUUUAGAUUGGCUAUCUGGAAAAAACUUCUUCACUGUUAGAACAGUGAAGCAGUGCAAUAGACUGCCUAGGGAAAUUGUGGACUAGUCUCCAUUGCUGGAAGUGUUCAAGAAGAGGCUGGAAAGCCACUGGCUGGGGAUGAUCUAAACCAGGGGUUGGUGACCCCCAGCACAUGUGCUAGAGCAUGGCACAUGAGGUCAUUUUGCUUGGCACACCUGCAGCCAGCCACUAAGCCCAGCCAGCUACCCUGCCAGCCCCAGUACCCACUCCCACUGCACUGAGCCAGGCUGCUGCCGUCAGGUAGCAUACACCUCUGCCAUGGUCCUUGUCCCCAUCAUAAUCCAGGGGGUUCCAGUGGGGUCUGGGCUGCAUGUGUGGCAGCCUGAACAAGGAAGGGACCACCUCAUCCCCCCCCUCCCAUGCCCUGUACCCCAGCUCCUUUCCCACUAUGCCCCUCGCAGUGUGUAAGCAGUCACUGCCAGCAACAAGCAGGGCUAGGGCUCCAGAUCCCAGUGCAGCUGCUUGUAGGCUUACAGCUACCUACUGCAAGCAGCCCAGGCUCUGUGGUGGGUAGCAGGGGCCUCCCCAGAUCCUGAGUUGCUUGUAACUACAAGGCCAGUUCAUUGCUGGCAGCAGCUGCAUGCAUACCUCAGGUGGAAAAAGGGAAGGGGCUGUGCUGCCACAAGGAUCAGGCCCCUUAUGACUCUCGCCAUCCACCCUGGCAUGCCAACACAAGUCAAGAUUGAGGUGUUUUUAAUGCUCUGACCCAAAGACGUUGCCGACUCCUGCUGCAGGCAUAGCUGUGCCUAUGUUCUACUAUGGAUAUUUCCCAAGCUUCUGGGCUGUUGGUUGCCCCCACACUUUCUUUCUACUAUGUGUUAUACAUUUUUAAGCCUCCCUCAGAGACACUGGGUGGUGGCUACAGCCAAGACUAGAGACCUUAACUAAGGUGUUCUAAUGUUCCUUCCGGGACCAAACCCAGUUUCCUGGCUAGAUGGUCUUGCCCCUCCACUCAGGGUCAGAUCAGUCACCAUAUUUGAGGUCAGGAAGGAAGAUUUACCCCAUGGUCAGAUUGGUAUAGACUAGGGAGGGGGAGGCUGACUGCCUCUGUAGCAGGGAGGGCAUGGCCUCUACCCAGGAUCUUGAGAGUGUAUAUUGACAAUUUUUCAUAGAAGCAGGAUGUUGGCUGCUACAGUUCUGCUGCUUUACAUGUGGCAGAUGAGGGUGUUAGGUCUACAUUCUGUCAGGGCUGACAAUACUCUUAUGUCAAGUUUAGGUUAUGGAUGCAUGGGAUGGUUUGGAUAGGGAUGAUCCCGCCUCAGACAGAGGGUUGAAUUAGAUGAUCUCUGGAGGUCCCUUCCAACCCCACUUCUCUAUGGUUUUAUGAUCCAAUGUCAGGAGUAGUUCUGAAAUGCCACAACUGAUCAGGAGCUGCUGUGGGAUGCUGAGCUAGAUCACGCAGCAGGGGUGGGAGCCAUACCAUGAAGGGAAUGGACAGGAGAUGCAUUGUAGGAACAGCUCUGCUCACCCCAUGGAGUGUUAAGGGGGACAGUGACAUCGAGAAUGAAGGACAAUAGCUUAGUGACAAUGCAAGGGACAGCCUGAUGUGUAGGACUUCAGGAACCCAUGACUUCAUCUGUUUUCCUUUCUCCUUUUGGUGUCUUUUGCUUUUUCUGAUUUCUUCCAGAUGGACUUGCAGCUGGCCUUUCACCAUUCUUCCAUUCUCCCUCCCCUGAAGUUACCACACCAGCACUCUUCUGGAUUUCCUACCAGCUCCUCCACCUCUUAUCUGUGGAGAAGCUAUGGCCACAAUCUCUAGCCCUUGCCUGCCAAAUAUUCCCUUUUCAGAGCAUCUCUUGCUAGACUGCCAGAGGUGGAUGGAGGCAUAACAAAACGCAGCAGAGGAAUUUCAUUUGAAGGCAUGCGUAUACUCAAAGAAUCUUGCCUAGCACGGUAUCUCAUAGCCUGUACCAUUAUCUACAAAGCUCAGGAAAAAUGUUGUUCUUUUUGGUGUCCAUGACAGUAGGGGCAAAAUGUUGUGUAUUGUAGUUGUGCCAGCCUCUCAAAUGUAUGAUAUAACCAUGGCACAAUGCACUGAACUUAUAGAUCACUCCCUAAUGAACUACAUUCUCUCUCUCUCUCUCUCUCUCUCAAGAUCUUUGUUUUUGCAGUUUUAGUUCCUUCCCAAUCUGUUCAUGUUAGCGGUGGUAGAAAUGUUUGCUUAGCUUUAACUUCUAAUGCUUGGAGCACACCACAUCCCCUCUCUACCAUGCAGCUAUGAUCCUGUAGGCUCAAAAAGAGGCCAAUUCUCCUGUUAACUGGGAAGAAGUGUUUGGCAGACCUGCCAGGCCCAGAAAAUUAAUCUUAUAAAACUAGAGCAUAUCAACCUCAAGCCUAUUUAUGCUUCUCUUCUCAUCUGCAGCAAGGAAUAAACAAUCUGAAAGUCCA